AGGGCUUGUAGCAGUGAAUUUCUUUGAACAUAUUCACAUGAGUGAGAGACGGGUUGGGUUGGAUAAGCGGCACCCAAGCAGACAGUGUAAGUAGCACCCCUGGGACUCCUUCCGAGUGCUGCUCAUUGACUACAGGUUUAUUAGGCAGAUGACCUGUAAGUGGAGCUGAAGCAAAUACUGAUUUCUUGUAGAUUCAGCUAAAAUGCUUGUACCUUUAUUGCUGCUACUUGUUCUGGUAAAAGAAACUUCAGCAAGUAAUCAAGGCUGUGAAAAUGUUCUCCUAUCUGAGAAGAAGAAAAGAGUUUUGAACAUUUUGGCGUGCUGGGAUGAAAAUAAUUUUGAGGACCAGAUCAGGCCUCCAAGUGCCACUGGCUAUUCAUAUAGAAGCUGUAAGGAGAUCAAGCUGUGGGACAAUCAGGCCACAGAUGGCAUUUAUACAUUAACCACUAAGAAUGGAAUGACCUAUCAAACAUUCUGUGACAUGAGCACAAAUGGAGGAGGUUGGACACUGGUGGCCAGCAUUCAUGAGAACUACAUACAAGGCAAGUGCACAUCUGGAGAUCGCUGGUCCAGUCAGUCGGGAAACAAUGCAAACAACCCUGCAGGCGAGGGCAAUUGGGCAAAUUAUGCCACAUUUGGACUGCCGGAAGGAGCAACUAGUGAUGACUACAAGAACCCUGGAUAUUAUGACAUCAGUGCCAAAAACGUGGCUGUGUGGCACGUGCCAAACAAUACACCUCUGGAGCUUUGGAAAAACUCUUCUUAUUUAAGAUAUCGAACAGACAAUGACUUUCUAAAGGAUGAAGGAGAGAACCUCUUCCAUUUGUAUAAAAAAUACCCAGUGAAAUAUGACGUUGGAAGCUGCCCAAAAGACAACGGACCAGCCAUACCUAUUAUUUAUGACAUUGGAGAUCCUGAGAAGACAUCAAACUUAUACUCACCAAAUGGAAGAAGGGAACUUAUUCCUGGCUUUAUCCAGUUCCGUGCAGUGAACUAUGAGAGAGCUUCUCUGGCUCUGUGUUCUGGGGUGAAAAUGUCUGGCUGCAACGCAGAAGUGAAUUGCAUUGGAGGAGGAGGAUUCAUCCCUGAGGGGAACCCGAGACAGUGCGGAGACUUUGCUGCCAUGGACUGGGAUGGAUAUGGGACCCAUGUGGGCUGGAGUUCCAGUAGACAACUGAUAGAGUCUGCUGUUUUGUUGUUUUAUCUGUAAGAAUAAAUAGAUCACUUAACCUAA